AUGUCAGAUUGCGAAUAUCUCACGUUUUGUCCUCACUGUGAUUGUCAUUUGCCUGCUAGGACGUUUAGAAAUCACCGUGAUAAGUUUUUUAACCCUGUCAAUAAUACUUGGCAGAAGAAACAAGGCGAUAUCGAUGAUGAAUUUGACGAAUUGUUGAUGGAAAUACCCAGGGACACACCAUCAGAAGACGAGGAUGGUGAUUUCUGCAAUACUGCUGAAAACCUUUCGUUUGACGCAGAGGAGCUGCUUACCAACGAAAUAUGGGAGGAAGUUGGUGCUGACGAAGUUGAGAACGAUUUUCCUCAAAAUGACUCGUUACCAAGUGUUAAUGUGCGUAUGAAUUCUCCUUGUCGUUCGUUGAAUGUGCUAAUGGCUAGGUGUCUGGUUGUAUUGCUUGCGUACUUUUGGAUUUCAUUCCAUGUUUCUGAUAACGGUAUGGAAUUUCUACUUGGUAGUUUAAAAAGGUUUCUUAAAAUAGCUGGUGCAUCAAGUCAAUGGAUAGCUGGUCUUGCCAUUGCGUUUCCUGGCACACUAUACUAUUUUCGAAAGGAGAUCGGGCUUGUCAAUGACGUAUUUGUGAAGUACGUGGUAUGCCCAAAGUGUCACGCACUGUACGAGUUCGAUAAAUGUCAUCACAGAGAAGGAACGAGUCGAGUUUCAAAUAAAUGCACUUUCGUAAGAUUUCCUAACCACAGACAGCAAUGGCGAAGGCAAAAAUGUAAUGCUACUCUGUUGAAGGAAGUGACUUUGAAAGAUGAGAAUAAAAAGCUUUACCCACAUCAAACUUACUGUUACAAAAGUAUCAUAGAAAGUCUGCGAGUGCUUGUGAAGCGUUCCAAUUUUACCUAUCAUUGUGAGUUGUGGCGACAACGCGAGGUGCGUUCCGUUAGUCAAGUUAUGUGCGAUGUGUUUGACGGUAGAGUGUGGCGAGAUUUUCAAGUGGUGAAUGACGUUCCAUUCCUGGCUGCUCCUCGGAACUAUGCAUUCAUGCUCAACGUAGACUGGAUGCAACCCUUCAAGCACACCAUCUACUCUGUCGGUGUCAUGUAUCUAGUUCUAAUGAAUCUUCCCAGGAGUGUUCGUUUCAAACCCGAAAAUGUUAUUCUUGUUGGUAUUAUUCCUGGACCAAGUGAACCACCAUUGAAUAUCAAUACGUACUUGUCUCCUCUUGUUGACGAACUCCUUAUUCUAUGGAACGAUGGGGUACAACUACGACAUGAUGGUUCUUGGUGCAUUCCUGAAAUGUUUAAAGCAUGCCUCUUGUGUGUUGCUUGCGACAUACCUGCCAGUAGAAAAGUUUGCGGCUUUACUGGUCAUAAUUCUGCCCAUGGGUGUAAUAAGUGCACCAAAACGUUUGUAACAGGUAGUGUAGGUGAUAAGACUGAUUUCUCUGGAUUUGAACCGUGCCCUCUGCGGAAUGAUAUCGAGCAUAGGCGGCAUGUCAACGAGGUGCAAAGCAAAACUACCCACGAGGAACAGAAAAAAGCAGAAUCAAACUAUGGAGUUAGGUAUUCUGAGCUUCUCAGAUUACCUUACUUUGAUUGCAUAAGAUUCACUGUUAUCGACCCUAUGCACAAUCUUUUUCUCGGUACAGCCAAGCAUACAAUGGAGACAUGGUUAAAUGCAUCUAUUUUAACAUCCGCUGAUUUAGAAAAGGUCCAAAAAAAAGUGGACGAAGUUCAUGUUCCAACCAACAUUGGACGCCUUCCUGGAAAGAUUGCUAAAUCAUUUUCCGGUUUUACUGCCGAUCAGUGGAAAAACUGGGUUACAAUUUUUUCUCCAUAUGCUUUAUACGAUAUUUUACCAGAGGACCACUACCGCUGUUGGCUACAAUUUGUUAAAGCGUGUAAAUUGGUCUGUACACCCAUGGUUUAUCUCAGAGAUGUGGCAUCUUGCCAUUCUCAUUUAUUACAAUUUUGUCGUGAAUUCGAAAGGUUGUAUGGGAACCUCAGCAUCACUCCGAACAUGCAUUUGCAUACACAUUUAUGUGACUGCAUAUUCGAUUAUGGGCCUGUUUGCGGGUUUUGGCUUUUCAGCUUCGAGAGAUACAAUGGGAUACUUGGGGACUUCUAUACGAACAACAAGUCAAUCGAAUUGCAAUUGAUGCGAAAAUUUAGUAAAGAUCAAGCUGUUUCCCGUCUUGAGUUUCCUGACGAUUUGAAAGGUCAUUUUCAACCUUUACUAGAAAAACUGAGAGACGAUGACAGUUUGAACCUAUUACACGUGAAUCGUGGAAGUGUACUGAGAUUGUUAACUUUGGCUGAUGGAGUCGUUGAUAUUGUGAAUGAGCUAUGGUUUGAUGUUUCAAAUUAUCGUUUUGUCGCACCUCACACCCUUGCAAAGUUUGAUCUGGAUGAGUUAAUGUACCUUAAAGAGGUUUAUAAAAUCUUUUUCCCCCAUGUACCGUUGUUUACCAUUCCGGCGUUUUAUGAUAAGUACGCAUCUAUUGAAUGUGCCGGUGAGCAGUAUGGGUCACGUUUCUCUCGGCUGCAUCGAUCUUCCUUCAUUCUCGCCAAGUGGGCUGAUCAUUAUGGUGGAAAUGUAAAUCUGGAUGCUACUGAUGCCCGACCAGGUGUUGUGCUCUACUAUGUAAAGCAAAAUGUUACCAUUGACGACCAGGUUUACACGUUUUGCUUUGCGCGUGUUCAGUGGUUUCAAUACCACCCACACCGUUUCCAUUGUGGUACGACCGAUGUCGUUCCUGAGGUCUGGUGCGCAAACCUAUUUGAUUGCUUUGGUGCUUCUUCAUUUGUACCUAUUCAGAGGAUAAGAGGAAAGUUCUUGCCCGCCUAUGAUAAGGUGGCUAGUGAGAAUGUUUUGUUUGUUCUGCCUUUAAACAGGAAAUAUCAUUUGUGA